AAAAAUAGAUCCAAAAACGAAUGGAGUGGGACUUUAAGGUGAAUCUGAAGGGCGCAAUAAAAAGCAAGCAGGCAACCUAAAUGGGACAAGAGCGGGGAGGAAAUGAAGUGACGGGAAGUGGGAGCCCAAUCGCCCCGUCCUUGACAACAGCUCACGGUGCUGAACUUUGUUCUCCAGCAAAGGAGGCAGCGAGUGAAUACAUCACCCAGCAGUUUAUAAGUCACCCCAUCGAACCUCAGAGGGAAGAGGAGGAGAACGGAUGAGAAAAGACUGAGCUGAAGAGCAAAGCCAACAACAGAGUCAAGCACUUGAAGAUUUCCCGGAUAAACAGCUGUUUUUUGAUAACUUGUCGUUGUGUUUGGAGUACGGAGGCCCUGCAGCUGCCGGCAUGUGGAUGGACUCUAAAGCAGAGAUGGAGUGGGCCAGCAGGACUCGUGCCAGCUUCAGCCGGCGGGUGUCAAAUGCUCUGCUGUUGUGCACUGGAGAUAUGGAGUAUUUGGAUAAGUUCAUGCAGGAUAAGUGGUUUGUGCUGCAGCUGGCUGUGUGGGGGCUGCGGGGGGUGAGCCGGGUGAUUCUAGCCAACAACCCACUGAGUGGGGCCCUCAUUCUGGCUGCCUUGUACUGGGACUCCCCCUGGCAGGGCCUGCUGGGAACUGUGGGGGUACUGGCCUCUACGCUCACAGCUGUCAUCACAGGACAGGACAGUGGUGAAGUAGCUGGAGGUCUGCAUGGCUUCAACGGCAUGUUGGUGUCCCUGCUGAUGGGAGUGUUUAGCUCGGCUGGAGAUUGGUACUGGUCGCUGCUGCUCCCCGCCUGCCUUGGAUCAGCCACGUGCAUCUUUUUAUACAGCGGACUCGCCACAUUUUUGCAACACUGGGACUUGCCUGCCGCUGUGUUUCCCUUCAACACAGUCAUUGUACUUUAUCUGCUUUGUACGGGCCCAAACAAUCCUUAUUUUCCUCAUUAUCCCACCAUACCCCCUGGAGAACGGGAGCACAACGGCACAGAGCUUGCAGCACUAACGGUUCUUGGCGGAAUCCCUCUUGGCGUGGGUCAGAUUUUUGCCUGUGGGGCCCUUAAGCCUUCAUUUCUCAUCCUUGGCGCUGUAGUGCUUUAUUCUCCUCUACUGGCGGUCCAUGCUCUACUCGGAUCAGCUGUUGGAAUCCUGGCUGGUUUAUCGGUGUCGGUGCGUCACCAGUCCCUGUACUCGGGUUUGUCUGGGUUCAAUGGCGCUCUGGGCUGCAUGGCUGUUGGCGGGCUCUUCUUCACCUUCAACUGGAGGACUCACCUCUUUGCCAUCACUAGCGCCUUCCUGUCUGCAUAUGCUGAUAUUGCUCUGAGCAACAUGUUGGGAGCGUUGGGUCUUCCAGCAUGCAGUUGGGCAGCAACUCUAACAGCCACACUCAUGCUGCUGCUGUCUGGAAACUUAGCAACAUACCGCAUCCCCAUUGGUCAAGUGAAAGCCCCUGAACACAACCUGCGCUCCCGCAGCCAAUGGGAAGCCGGCAACACAGUGGAUGGAGAGAGCACAGAUGUGUAAUAGUCAGUCAUCCAUCAGGUUAGAGACUGGAAGCACUUCUUCAGCAAUGUGUCGUAAACAUAUGAGAACUGGACUAAAUGACCCUUAGGAAGUACCUGCUGGCUCCAAGACACCAAAAUAUUGUCAGAAUAACAAUUUUUUUCUCUGCUCCCUUUGUUCAGCACGUUCUUGUUAUUCUCUUUAUUAUUAGGUUCUAUAAAUCUACCAAUCAGAUGCCUCAAUUAAAGUAGGGUCUCACGUCGAACAAUCAAAACAUUCGAUUGACAGGUUGUCCCGAGCACGCUUUCAGGGGCGUGGACUUCCAUCAAGCUCACUCCUGAAUGGUGAGAGUGGUUGUCAUGGAAACAAUGACUCAGACCAUCGCUGCUUACUGACGUCACCUGGCUCCAAAAUGACAGUGUCUAUUGCAAAACAAAUGGCGACUGAAUUGACUUAAUUUUGUUGGAGCCAGAAAAGUCAUUUUCUAUGGGUGACAUCAUACUCACUCAGUCCAGUUCUCAUAUACAGUCAAUGGUUGUAAAUGUUUGUGUAAAAAAAGAAAACAAAGUUAACUCAUAUUUUUAUUAUUAAACAUCAACAUUUUUGUUUCAACAAAAUGCCACUUUAAUUAUCUGCCAUCGCUCAUCAUGAAACAAAAUGCAUUAAAAAAAAAGCAUUUUUAAUCAAAAAAAUGUUUUGACAAAAGCAAAGUUGAUACAAUGUCAAAUAAAAUAUUUUAAAAUUACAGUUUUAUCAUAUAAAACAAUUGUGGCUUUUAUCAUUAAUUUGAACUGAAGCCAUAGUGCAGAGCUUAGGCUGUACUUUCCUCAAUGUAAACAGAAGUGACAGUUUUUUAUAUAAAUGUACAGGGAUCGGAUGCAUUAAAACAGUAUGGUGGGCUUUGAAACACUAUUGCUAAGUUGGGUGAUAGAGAUGUUAAUGCUUUUUAUUGUGUAUAAAACAAUAAAAGAAGAAUUGAUGAGUCACAA